AUGUCCUCUAAGCAUGUCGUCUUCGACAUAGUCGGCACCCUCGUCUCCUACGACCGCAUCUUCGAUGCCAUCGAGACCCGCCUCGGAGAUCGACUGCGCGCAGAAGGAAUUAAGCCUCGUCUGCUAGGCUAUACAUGGACAGAGUCCGCUGAGCGCGAGUAUACAAAUCUGAGCCUUGCCAGGAGCUACGUCCCCUUCGGUCAAGUCUUCCGCGCUCUAUUCUACCGCAUGUUAUGGUCAGCCGGUAUUGAGGAGCCGCGUACCUUCGCUUCUCCCGAGGACCUGGAAUACAUCAUGGAAGAAUACAAUUCCUUGGAACUCCGUCCUGGUGCCGCGGAGUGUGUGCAGAAGCUGCGUGAUGCGGGCUUUACCUUCUGGGGAUUCACGGCGUCGGAUGUCAAGACUGUGGCGGGAUAUUUCGAGAAGGCGGGGGUGCAGAUGCCGGUGGAGAACUUGCUUUCUUGUGAUGACGCCGGCGUUGGUAAGCCCGAUUUGGGGUCUUAUAAGCCCUUGUUGGAGAAGUUGAGAUCUGAGAGUGGUGGAAAGACACCUUGGUUUGCGGCGGCGCAUAUGUGGGAUGUGUCUGCGGCGAGAAAGGCAGGAUUCAAAGGCGCUUGGUGCGGUGUGUGGGAGAAGGAGCCUCUGACGGAACUGUUUGGGGAGAUGGAUGUUCUGGAUGAUACUUUGGUAGGAAUGGCGGAUAAGAUUAUAGCUCACCAGGCUUCGUCUUGA